AUGCUUGCUUGGGAAAAGCUAAUGGCGUCCACUGAGAGAGAGAGAAACAAUCUCCGUCUGCUCAAAGCUGGAUGGCCAGAUAAUGGAAUGGUCCAACCCGCCAGUCAGGCCAUAGAUAAAAAUAGCGACGGGGAGAGUGAAAAGUCAUCUGUCUUGUCCGAGUCUGACCGCAGUGAUAUGAUGUCCAUUGUUAGUGACAAAAUGUCUGUGGAAAACUGUGAAGAGGCUGAUUGCACAGACAGGCUGUUACCCAACGGAGACCUCCCAGCCACUGUGGGAGACAUGCUCAAUUACGUCAUCGAACCAAGUCUUAUUGCCAAUGCCAACCUCCUGGGGGAUAUCGACAACCUGGACAAGCUGCUGGAAAGCAACCCCAGCCUGGAGCAGCUAUCCUCAACAGACAUCUACGUCAGGCCAGCCGUCAUAUUUCCAUGUAUCAUUGAGGCUCUGUCGUGGGCCUGCCAAGGGAGAGAUCCUAAAGUGCAGGUACAAGACCCGCAAGCCAUUCCACAAACUAUUCCUUCUUUCCUCAGUGAGGCAGAUCAUAUUCAGGUAUUAGCAACAGGAAGCCUCAACUUUGUUGGAGGAGUCUUAGAUGUCCUUUCAUCGGCUGAUGAUGUUUACUCAAACUGA